UUUUUUUUUAGGACGAGCAUGGGGCUCUAUGUUCUCUCUGGGUUACUAUCACCACUGAUUCUUCGUGGCCCUUACAAUCAAUGGCAGAAGUGUAAUGAAUUUUUUGAGUUGUCUCUGAGCUGGCCAGAUCGUGAUUUCCGCCAUGAAUACCGGAUGGGCCGUACUACGUUUGAUCGCUUGGUGCACAUGUUGGAGAAAAAUCCGAUCUUUGAAUCCACUGGAACAAAGCCGCAACGGCCAGUGUGCUUUCAACUUGCUUGUUUCCUUCUUCGUUAUGGGAUAUUGGGUGCAAAUCCCAUGCAGGCCACACACAAGCUAGGGAUUGGUUUUGGCACUGUCUUCCUUUACUGUAGGCGAGUAGUACGUGCCUUGAGGGAACUUGGCCUCAAAGUUGUGAGAUGGGGCAAUGAAGAGCGCCAUCAGGAAAUUGCGAGAGCGCAAUGGCUUCUCUUUUAUGUGCCGGAAGAAAUUUCCUGCAUUAAAUGUUCAAGUCAUCGUUGAUCAUGAGUGCCGUUUCACUGCAGUUGAGCUUGGAUGGCCUGGAUCAGUAUCUGAUGUGACGAUGUGGAAGAAGUCACAUAUCUGGCAACAGCGCUCUCACUACCUUCGAGACAAUGCUUUAUUGCUUGCAGAUAAAGGUUAUCCGUCAUCACCAUAUAUUCUCUGCCCAUUCACGGAGCCUGAGGUCAAUACACAGCCACCUGUGGAGAGGCAACGUCGCCGGAAGUUCAACAGACGACUGUCUUCACAGCGCAUCACA